AUUGACAACUCUUUUCGGCCGGUCACAAAAACUGCAUUAAAGUUCCGAUGAUAUUAAGCGGAGCACCCGGAAAAAAAUAUUGCGCUUCACAGUGAAUAUUUAAAAAGUUAGAAGAUAUAUAUAUUUUUGUAAUCGACAUUAGUUCUUGUUAUCGAUUGGUGGCACAUACCGGCAAUCAUUUUAAUUUGGGACUUCCCACUAUUCUCAGAGCAUACGGUCCAGGAUGAGUGACGCUUAUGAAGAUCACUACCACGUGUUGGGAUUGCACCCGAACGCCACCGAUCGUCUAAUUAAAAACGCUUUUCACAAAUUGUCCCUGCAAUGGCAUCCCGACAAAAACGGCAGUGGGUCUGAUCAGUUCCUGAGGAUCAAUAAAGCGUAUCGCAUCCUGAUGGACUCCAAAAAACGAGCCUCAUAUGAUUAUGUCUCUUUAAAGACAAAAUCUCAUGGAGUCGUCAACCCUGCCGAGGGGUUUAUUGUCUCCGAUGAACUAACUCGUCGUGAUCCCCACCACUUUACCAUAGAUAAGUAUCACUACGGACCAAAUGACCCAAAGCGAUUCUUUCCAAUACCGAACCCCGGAGAACCUAACCCAGACGAAUUCUACGAAAAGCUCAAGGUGGCUGUGUUCAUAGGAGGUGUGCUGGUGGGCGCCUAUGUGUCCUACAGACUAUUCCAGAGAUCCGCUCCCCCGAUGCCAGUUCCGGUGGCAGUCAUCCCACAGGCUGUCAGCCGGGAACUCAGUGAGGUGCACCCCGCGUCUUUGUGGACAUUGAUAUCUUGGCUAGCCGCUUUAAGAUCCAAAGCACUUUCAAGACUCGCCAAAUUGACUCCUCCAGGGCAAAAUAUUCGACUCUCUUCUAAGACUCUCAAUGCAUCUUUAUCUUCUGCUGCCGAGGUCGUUGCCAACACAGUCACCCAAGGACCCCGAGCCGCAGUUCUGUCAACGACUCCAAGUCACUCUUUGACUUCAGCUGCCAACGUUGUUGCAAAGUCAAUAACACCAAAACCCAAUAUUGAAUUGAAUCAUGCUGCUGAAGUAGUCGUUAAUACCCUAACCAAAGGACCAAAAGCCGCAGUUCUGUCAACGACUCCAAGUUACUCUUUGACUUCAGCUGCCAACGUUGUUGCAAAGUCAAUAACACCAAAACCCAACAUUGAAUUGAAUUAUGCCGCUGAAGUAGUCGCCAAAACACUAAACCAGGGAUCCCAAGCCGGAAUAUCGUCUGCUUCGAAGACAGUUGUUGCCAAAACAUUAAACCAGGGAUCCCAAAAAGGAUCCUAUUCUGCUGCCGACGAUGUAACUAAGAAAACUGUCACAGGGCUGCUGAAGUACUGGAAAAUGAUGACAGAAUAUCUAGGAAAGGGCUCUGCCUCCACAAUUCCAUUCACCGUUCGUCCGGCCUUAACAGCUUUCAAAAAAGCUACAGUUAAAGGUGUUACCAACAGUUGGAAAUGGACUGAAUCCAAAACAACUUCAUAUUUGGGUAUUUCCCAAAGGUAUAUUAAUAGAGCUAAUUUGGACAAGACCACAAAAGCAGCGGUUACUGGUAUGGAGCGUGUUUCAAAAACGGUUCUAUAUUCAGUCGCGAAAAGUACCAUCAAAGUUAAAGAAACAGCAACAUCAAAGGCUAGAAGUGUGUGGCCAGUAAACUUUUCUUCCGUGAUGUCUUUUAGUAGGAAGGCUACCGAAGGAAUUAAACAACAAACGACAUCCUACCCCAUCUCAUCCAAGACACAAACAGCAGCGCCAGCUUGUGAGACCACCCAGACCUCACCAAGUUCAUUCAGCAAAAUGGUCAUUCCUGGUGUAUAUAUCAAAAUCUUGAUCCCAUUGUUUGUUUCCACAUGCGGCAUAAUAUUACUGCUAAAAAAAAAAAUAAUUCCAGAAAAACCAAAACUGAUUGCCAAACCGAUAGCCCCAGAGUCCAGAUAUUAUUCAGCUGCCAAAAAUGUAAUUGAGAAAACUUCCACAGGAGUGCUAACGGGCUGGAAAUGGUCCACAGGAUUUUAUACGAAGUCCGUAAGUCCAGCCCUAACGACUUCUAACAGAGUUAUGGUCGAUGGAGUAAAAACUGGUUGGAAGUGGACUGCAUCCAAAACUGGUUCAUAUCUGGUUUCCCCGAUAAGGAAUAUGUCUAACGCAGUUUUGGACAAAAUAGUAACGCCGAAGAAAUAGAAAAAGGUCAAUAUCAAGCUCUGUGGACCUUAAGGAAAUCACCAAUAUUUUUUUAAGGCGAAUAAGGUAUUUAAAAUGCAUCUAAUAACAUGCUGCCAUGAUUCCAAACGGCCUUUAUUGUCAAACUAAAAUGCGUUGCAUUAUUAAAACAAAAGUACAAUAUCGUUUAAAUCAAUUUUAAAAUGCUGUAUAAUUAAAGCUGUAAAGCGUUUGAAAUAUAUCAUUGUCAAAAAAACAUUGUGUGAUGUAAAACUCCAAGACAGCAAAAAAUUAAGGCAGAGGUAUUGUAACUCAACCACGUUUGAUUUCUGUGCCAUAAACUGCA